CUGCUCUUGACAGGUUUUGAAAGAACGUCAACCUUCAUCUCCUGUGUCAGGCUGUACAUUUUCAGCCAACCAGCAAACGAGGUUCCACGCGCAAUGCGUCGUUACGUUACGUAAACAUAUUUGGUUACGUCACGUAAGCUCCAGAGAACAGGAACUGUGAUGUGGCUUUGACUCACAACAAAAAAUGUCGGCCAUUUUCAACUUCCAGUCACUGUUAACAGUGAUUCUCCUCCUGAUCUGUACCUGUGCUUACAUCAGAGCGCUGGCUCCCAGUAUGCUAGACAAGAACAAGUCCGGGCUCCUAGGAAUUUUCUGGAAGUGUGCCAGAAUAGGUGAGCGGAAGAGUCCCUGGGUUGCCUGCUGCUGUGUCGUCAUGGCUUUUAGCAUACUGUUUCUACAGUAACAGUCCAAAGAAAACCACAAAUGGAAACAUUGGGGAAAUGAACCAGACAACAAGGCAUGGACAGUACAAUCCUAGAAGCACAACAGGGCCUCCGAGGGUAUCACUUAGAUAAUAUAAAAAACGGAGAGCCGUCACCACUCACCGUAGACACGGAGAGAGAAAACUGUGUCUUGUGUAGGGGGGAGGGAUGAGCUGAUAGCCCAAGAGUGUGUCUAGAUUCCUCCACCGACUCAGGUCUGUCCUUGUUUGCUUAUGUGGAAUGUUUACUUACAGAUGUAUGUGUGUGGGGGGGCCAAUGUUUUUUUUGUUAUCUGCCAUUUUGUUUAAAGGAAAGCAGUCAUUCUGGUGGGAUCAAAAUGAUAAAUUCUUUGUCCAAACAUUUCAAACCAAUGUUUUUUGAAAUUGUCACAAUUGCAUCGAUCAUUUUGAAAUUCUUCACAAAACGGACCUUCAUAAAUGUUCAUAACUGUUAUGCAGUUCGCAGUAAGGCUUAUAUUUGCAAACUGAGUCAAAGCAAGGUGUGACUUCAACCAAUCUCAACACCCUUUUUUGUUGCCUGUACCCUGUUUGUUGAAUCUAGAAAUGAUCCUAUUUCACAGCAAACAAAAUGAUAGUAUAGCUCUUCAGGUGGCUAAUAGUGCUAAAUGUUUGCCUCAAAGAGCUACUGAUGUUUUUUAAAGUCAGUCAGUUUGCUGCUAUUUAUUAAAAACAACCUUUUUGGUCAUUUUUGGCUAUUGACAUCAGUUUGUGUUUGUUGUGAUGUUGCCACACUGUAAAAUGAAGUGUCAUUGACGUCAGACAUGCAAAAUACAUGUUGAUGAACCUGUU